UGAUCAGUCCACUUCACUUCUCUGGUCCACAAUCCACUACAGCGGGCAGCCUAUGGCGGAUGGCCUAUGCCUGUGGCUGGCAGGGAUUAUGGCGCUGAGAUGAGUAUACUAUUGACUAACUACUCUGUUUUGAGAUUUAGUUAUGUUUCUUAAUAACUUCGUUCCUUUUGUUUCAUUGUAUCAAUAAAUGUGUUCAGCAUCUAAUUUUUAUGACGAAUGUAUAUAGAUAAUAUCGUUUAUAAAUUAGAACUGACGGUGCGUUCAUUUACAAGAAUCCUGACGGUGCAAUAAAAUUGUGCAAACAUGUCGACCGAUGGAGAUGAAGCUGGAACAAGUACAGGAUCGCAAAGUCAUCGAUUAAACAGGCCUCAAGCUCAAAUAACUACAUUCAUGCAGGGAAUCAAUAGCACAUUGGAGGAUAAAAAUAGUGACUAUUUAUGUCCAAUUUGUUUUGAGACUAUAGAAGAAGCUCAUGUUACAAGAUGUGGGCAUACUUUUUGUUAUAAAUGCAUUAUUAGAUCAUUAGAAUCAUUGGGAAGGUGUCCUAAGUGUAAUAUUAAUUUAACUCAACAAGACAUCUUUCCAAAUUUUCUUCUUAACGAAUUAAUUGCUAAGUACAAAACUCGUGCCAAGGGUAUCGGAGCAUUAGAUCGUACCUUGGCAUUAGAUAAUAAGGGUAAAGGAACUUUUAUUCCCAUGGAUUCAUCUGUGGGAAUAUCGGAUGGCCUAAGAAACUUCAUAGCAUCAGACAGUACUAGUUUGAGCUUGCCUGAUGUAAAUGCUAUGCUUGAAGUACUUACACAACGUAAACACCUAUUAGAGGCAGAAUCUUGCGCAGCACAAAAUAGGUUAUUAUAUGAGUUCCUUAAGCACCUUUUAACACAAAAAGAAGAACAAAGAAAUCAAUUGCAAAAAGAGGUUGCACUUAUAAAAAGUGAUAUCAAAGAAGUAGAAAAUAUUUUGAAAGAUUUGCAGAGAAAGUGCCCACGAUUAGAAGAUGUUAAAAAGACCACUGAAUAUGAUACUGCACAGGUAACUGCUAUAAGAAAAGAAAUGAUAAAUCUAAUCAAUAUUAUUGAUUCUAGUACAAUAAAGCCAUGUGAUGAAACGGAUCAAGUACCAAGUGCAUUUGCAAAUUCAUCAAGCAAUCAAAGUAAAUAUGAUAUCACCAGCAGUUCAACUUUAGCAGUUCGACGCCGCAGAAUGCAUGCUCACUUUGAUGAUUUUGUUCAAUGUUAUUUUGAUGCUAGAGCUAAAGAGCUGCAUUUUGGAGCAAACAGCUCAGAAUUUCAAUCAACCAGUUCUGGACUAGACGUUUUUCGCGAAGAUCUCGUGAAGUUCUCACGUUAUAAUUCAUUGAGACCAUUAGCUACUUUAAACUAUUCUUCUGAUAUUUUUAAUCAUUCAACAAUUGUCUCCAGUAUUGAAUUUGAUAAAGAUAACGAAUUCUUUGCAAUUGCAGGCGUCACAAAGAGAAUCAAAGUAUUUGACUACAAUACUGUUAUUAGAGGCACUGUUGAUCUUCAUUAUCCUUGUGUUGAAAUGACUUCAAGCUCAAAAAUAUCAUGCGUUUCUUGGAAUUCUUUUCAUAAAGGUGUAUUAGCUUCCUCAGAUUAUGAAGGUACAGUUACCGUUUGGGAUGCCAUGACAGGACAAAGAACAAAAGCUUUUCAUGAACACGAAAAGCGUUGUUGGUCAAUUGAUUUCAAUGAUGUUGAUACAAGGCUCAUAGCAUCUGGUUCAGAUGAUGCAAGAGUCAAGUUGUGGUCAUUGAACAUGGAUCACUCAGUAGCUUCACUCGAAGCAAAAGCCAAUGUAUGCUGUGUUAAAUUUAACCCUCGUAGUUCGUGCCACUUAGCUUUUGGUUCCGCAGACCACUGUGUACACUAUUAUGACUUAAGAAAUAUGAAAGAAGCCUUAUGUAUAUUUAAAGGUCACAAGAAAGCUGUAUCUUAUGUAAAAUUUGUUAAUGAACAAGAAAUUGUUUCAGCAAGUACUGAUUCACAAUUGAAAAUGUGGAACAUUAAUAAUCCAUAUUGUUUGCGGUCCUUUGUAGGUCAUGUUAAUGAAAAGAAUUUUGUAGGGUUGGCUACUGAUGGAGAUUAUGUAGCCUGUGGAUCAGAGAACAAUGCACUUUAUGUUUACUAUAAAGGACUAACAAAGCAAUUAUUUUCCUACAAAUUUGAUGCAGCGAAGAGCAUAUUAGAAACGCAAGAAAAACGAGAAGAAGAUCUGAAUGAAUUCGUUUCAGCAGUUUGCUGGCGACAAAAUUCCAAUGUUGUAGUUGCUGCAAACUCGCAGGGUAUUAUUAAAAUACUGGAACUUGUGUAGAAAUGUUACAAACAAGCUAGUAAAGAUAAUUUAUGUAAAAAUGCAACAAAAUAGAUACAUUUAUUUUUCUAAUGAAGAUGAUAAGUGUAUUAUGAUUGAGUUAUAAUAUAUGUUAUAAUAUAUAUGCAGACUGAAUUACUAUUGCGUGUAUAAAAUUGUACAAAAGGUUUUUGUAUUAUAAUUAUAGUUGACGAUUAUUUUAAACGAAACAUAUAGUUAGUUCUUCAGUGCAACAAAUAUUGUUUAUUUUAUCUGUUAUUACUUAUAUAGUUAGGCAACUAAAAUUGUACAUUUUAGAAUUAAAUAUUUUGUAGUUUAGAUGACGAAAGUAUACAAUAUUAUCAAUUAUUUUAUUAUGACUAUUAGUUAAUCUUGAGUUUUCAAGAUAUAAACUCCAAUUUCCAAUGUGAAAUAUAGUCAAUCAGUAUUUUAAAUUGAAAUAUUGAUUUAAGUACAUUAUAUUUCACUAAAAUUAUUAAAUGAUUUUAUUUAUAUAAUCGAGUUCAAACUCUUUGAUUAUUUAAUGUAUUUGCUUUUUUAUGAUUAUACUUUUAUGAAUAUACUUUGAAAACAUAUACUGCUUACUAAAGUGCGGCCUAUAAGAUGUUGUGCCACAUAAAACGACGUUCUUAAUAAUUCUAAAAUAACUAGAAAGCUAUAAUAGCAUUUCUUUCAAGUGAUAGUACAUAAGUACUAAAGUUGUGAUUCGCAUGUUCACUAUUAAAAAAAAGCUUAAAAAAUAUAUUCUACAUAUAUACAAUAAAUUUUAAUGUAGGAUUUAUCUCUUGAAUCAAUAGUAUUUAACUUGUUCUAUUGAUCAUUCAUGAAUACUAUCAAUCAAAAUUUCCUACGAAAACAAUAUAUAUGUUAUUGAUAUUUUUAAUUUCAUCAAUAUACUGUCCAUUUUAACAUAACGUCAAUAUUAAAACUAAAAGAAUAUAUCACUUCUACAAUCAAAACAAACAUAACUUAAACAAUAUAUCAAGUGUGAUAAGUUUCAAACACUUAGAUUGGAACUUUUCAUUAGUGAUUUUAAAGAGAUCAAAAUUAUCAAUUAUUCUUCAAUUUUAAAUUAGGGUUAUAUAGAUUGAUGUAAUUAGAAAUUAAAUUUCUACUACUAGAAAAAUGUUGGGCCGCUUAAAAUAUUAUACAUUUAGAAAAUAUAAAUGUACAUAUAUUUUUAUUAAUUAAGAAUAAAGAUACUGCGAUAUUAGUACUAUUAAGCUAACGUCAGAAAUUUUAAUUUAAUCUUAAUUUAAUGAUUCAACUUGAAGAAUGAAAUAUUUUUAUAAAAAUGGACAAAGAAUUUUGCUUAAUUUUUAUGUACACAACAUUAUUCUAAAAGUAAAAAUUUAAUACUAUGUAGGUAAUGUAGAAGAAAAUAAAUAAUUGUUAAAUUUUAUUGUGAGUAGACUGUAAAUGUAAAUCUGAAGAUUAACCGUUAAAAAAUAGCAAUGCCACAUUACAAAAAUUUGAAGUUGAAUCAGCAGUUUGCUAUCAAAAAUAAUAAUAUUAUUUAUUUGAAAUAAAGUGAGUGUCAAAUUAUAAGUAUUUUGAGAAUACUAUAAUUUUUAAACCUAAAGAAAUGAAUUCAAAUUUAAUGUUAAAUAAUUUUACAGCCCAAGCCCAAAUAUAUUUUGUAUGUAAAUUUUGAAAGAUUUUCGGUUAUAGUAUAACAUAUUUUAUGAAUAAAAAUCACUUGCAUA